CCGUCCCUCACUCUAUAUCACAAUCUCAUCCAUCCACAUUAGCCAUGUCUACCCGCAAGAGGAAGCAAGAGGCCGAGGACGACGAGGAAGAACUCCAGGCUCUUCCCAGUGACGAAAGCGAAGAGGAAGAAGAGUAAGACAUUCCUUUUCUUUCAUGCAUUGCCUAUUCGUCGUUAUUUUCUUUGUGCCCGUGUUGCGCCGCUCUGUCUCGGCGUGCAAGACCUUGUCGCGUACCAAGCGCGACCGGGCACAAUGAAUCCAUUGUCUGCGUGGAUUCACACCUGCAACAUCUAUGAAGCUACUUCGAGAAACCACCUCGUGCUUAUCAUCCUCCGCAGAUACCAAUCCUCAGACGCUGAAGGCUACGACUACGACGAGGAAGGCAGCGAGGAAGAGGAGGAAGAGGAAGAAGACGAGGGUGAGGACGAGGAGCCUGAAAAGGGUAAGUUGCGCUCUCGCUCUCGCUUUAUGCCACAAAGCAAACCCAUUAACACGUCUCCAGCGCCCGCCUCCAAAAAGCGCAAGACAGCCCACGAUGCGGUCGAGGGUGAAAACGGCGCCGGCGGAGAGGAUGACGAGGAGGAGGAAGACGAGGACGCAGACAAGACUGCCGACAAGUCUGGUCCUGCUGCUGCCGCGGCGAAGCACAAGGGCGGCGCCGUGCCCAAGGAGGACGACCUGGCCGAGGCCGAGGGCGAGGACGAGGACGAGGAUGAGGAGUGAUUUUCUUUCUGCUCAGACCAAAGUCUACGUGGUGUUUUGACGCGUCUGGAUGGGAUU